CUUGUGGAUUUUUAUCUGAUACUUGUGAAGCUUUCCCCAGCAGAAGCGGAACGAUCAAAGUACUGCGAUAAAUUUCUAGAACUGACUGAGAAAACAAAUGUUUCAAAAAUAAGGUUAGAAUCGAAAUUCAAGCAGUUUCCGGUAGUUUCGUUCGGCUUUACCUCAUCUCUACCUCUCCUCACAGCCACACCUGGUGGAGCAGUGCAGCUGGAUGUGAAAAUUAUCAAUCAUCUUCCGAAAACAUUGAAAAAUCUCAAGUUGCAUUGUUGUUUUAAGCUGUGUGCGCAAGACGGCUUGCGGAAGCCAGUUGCUGGGCGAUUACCGCAUUUUGAAUGCAUGCAUAGUGAAUCCGAUGGUAUCAAUCGUUUUACAUGCGUUUGGAAAGGUGACAUUACAGUUCGUCGGGAAUCAGUCCAGGGCUUCGUUGGUCUGGAAUCGUUAAGUGAAUCUCAAAGUAAUAUGUUCUUUCGUAGUUUGCACGCAGAUGAACUGUCUCCCGGCGAGAAUAUUGUAACAUUAGCAGCAGCAGCAGCUCCAGAAGUUGGUGUAUAUUUUUUUGAUUUUUUUGAACUGGAAAUUGGUCGCUCAUUAAUAGUACGUUGCGAUUGGGUCGAUCUGCCAGAAAUUGAAAUCGAUUUAGCUCGCCGUCCAGUCUGUUUCAUCCAUCGUAAACCUGUUUCUGUGAAGCUGAAACCGUCAACAAGUGAGUAG